AUGGCAGACACUGAAAUUUCCCAAGAGGAUAUGGGGCAUAUUAUAUUCGAUGCCAGGAUUGGAGACUUGGAGAUCCUGGAAGAGAUUUUUGCAGAGGUUGAUCCCAAGCUGCUGCUGAAGAUUGAAGAAGAGACCACCAAGGUCACCCCUAUACAUAUGGCAGCUGCUAAUGGACACAGCGAGGUUAUAAAGUACCUGCUUUCUUUAUUAUCUGAAGAAGAUUCUAAAUUUUUGGUGAAUAAGAGGAACGAGCAUGGUAACACAGCCUUGCACUGGGCAGCAUUGAACGGGCAUUUGGACGCAGUCAAGGUUCUGUGUGAAUACGGAGCCGAUGCCUUUAUUCAGAACAACAUUGGACGUGAUGCUAUAUAUGAGGCGGAGAAUAACGAUAAGGGAGAUGUAGGUAACUUUUUGCUCCAACACUUUUCGGUUGAGCCCGAAGAGGACGAGGAAGAAGAGGAAGGAAAGGAGACUACAGCCAAGGAUGUUCAGAUCCAACCCGGUACCGAGAUACAAAACGCCACGGAAGAAUCAAAGGCUGCUCUCGAAGAUUUGACCCAAGAGACCGAGAACUUGAAUGUGGAGUAA